CACAGAAACCGGAGAGAAAGUCCAGUUUGUCUUUCAAAUUCAAAAAGUCCCAGGGACCAUCUAACCCCGUCGACACGGCAACUCAAAGAAGCAAAGAUCGAAACUUCGUCGUCAUAACAUUACACUUUCCAUCCAAUUCCACUGAACUCCUCCUGGGUUUUUACGAAAACCCAAAUCCCAAAUAGAAUUCAAUUUAAAAAUCUUGGUUUUCUUGAACAUGGUGAAAUCGGCGGAGAAGGGCGGAGGAGAUGGGUCGGGGCCGGCGGGGUCGGUGGCUCCUUUUCUCAGAAAAUGCUACGAGAUGGUGGAUGAUAAGGACACCGACUCCAUAAUCACGUGGAGUGAAACCGGCGACAGCUUUGCUAUAUUGGACAUGGCCCAGUUCUCGAUUUCAAUGCUGCCCAAGUACUUCAAGCACAGUAACUUUUCUAGCUUCAUGAGACAGCUCAAUAUCUAUGGCUUUAGAAAAAUAGAUUCAGAUCGUUGGGUGUUUGCAAACGAAGGAUUUAUUCGAGGUCAGAAAAUUUUGUUGAAGAAUAUUGCUAGGAGGAAACAUCCACAGGGCACAGAUCAGAAAAAAGCAUCACAGCAAAGUCCGGAUAGGCCAUCUGAAAACAUUAGUGAAAAUGGUCUAUGGAGGGAAAUUGAGAACCUGAAGACUGAUAAAGUUGCUCUGAAGCAAGAAUUGGCAAAGCUUAGGCAGCACCAGGAAACUUCGCAAAAUAACUUGCGCCUCUUGAGGAACCGCCUUUGUGGAAUGGAGAAGAAUCAGCAGCAGAUGCUGUCGUUUCUAGUGAUGGCCAUGCAAAGUCCUGGGUUUCUGGUUCAGCUUCUUCAGCCAAAAGAAAAUAAUUGGCGAAUUGCUGAAGCUGGUGAUAUGAUAGAACAGUGUGUAGAUGAUGAUAAACCAGUGGUUUCUAACGGUGCGAUAGUGAGGUACCAACCACCGAUGAUUGAAGCCCCAAAGCAUGUACUCCUACCGAAUUCAGGCUCAGAGAAACAACCGGAAUCUGAUGCUUAUCUAGAUGGAAUGGAAGAUUCUGUUGUGAAUGCUGAUUUCAUGAAAAUGCUAAUGGAUGAAAGGUCAAGCCCUGUAGAAAAUCACGACCCAUAUACCCUACCGGAUAUAUCUGACACUGGUGCAUGGGAGCAGCUUCUUUUAGCUAGUCCUUUCUUGGAAAAUAUUGAAGGCACAAAGGAAAAUGGUGAAGAGCAUGCUGACACUAGAAUGGAGGUGGAACCAAUAGUAUCUGAUCUGGACAAUUCACUUGAUUUUGAUUCUUUGGUCGAGCAAAUGAAGAAAUCUCAGAACUUUGCAUUGGAAUCAACAGUUUAUGGAGCUAAUAUGGAGAGCUCUCAAAACUUGGAAUUUAUAACUGAACACAUGGGACAUUUGGCCUCUGACUCUAACAUGGAAACGAAAUCAGGAACGUAGCAGGAUAACUUCUGUGUAACUUAGGUUUUUUCUGUCGGCUCUAAUGACAGCUUAUCGUGAACACUUUUCAGUCCAUCUUCCUUCCACAACUCAGUUUUAACAAAUGUGAGUUGGUUCUUAUCCUCCACAUGUAUCAUAUCAUAAUGUGUGUCAUUGUUCUUUUACAAUGUCGUUGGAAAUCAUCUUUGCAUUCA